AUGACCCUCUCUCUCAUGGCUGCUUGGAACCUCCGUGGGUUUAAUAGCCCAGACAAGGUGCCUUGCUGCAAGCAAUUUUCAAAAAAAUAUAAUCUAGAUAUGCUAUUUAUUUUAGAAGCAAAAGUUUCUGCUGCUUCCUCGUCAGACCCUUGGUUCUCUGCAAAUCACGAUAUUUUUCCUUGUGAAGCUUCUUUUGACAAUUUUGCUUUAUCAAACCCGGACACAAUCUGGAUCAAGUGGAAUUCCCUCAAAGUGAAUUUUAUCCCUGUUUUUACCUCUACCCAGCUCAUCCACGAGCUGGUCUAUGUGGGUACUAUCCCGACUUGCAAUGUCUCUGUCAUUUAUGCUUCCAAAAACUUUGAAGAGAGACUUCUCCUUUGGGAGCAGCUCUUAAGUUUGGCUGAUGGUAUUGUGCUCCCGGGGAUCAUCUUAGGGGAUUUCAACUGCUGUAGAUACCCCCAUGAGAAGGCUGGUGGUAAUGCUAUUGUGGCUAGCAAAAUGACAGAUUUUAAUAAUCUGAUUUUCAACAUUGGGGUCCAUGAGUUGUCUUCGGUGGGACACUACUAUACUUGGUUUAAUCAGAGAGCUGACAAACCAAUUCAUAUUAAACUGGAUAGAGCCUUAGUCAAUGAUGCAUGGCUGAGCACCUUUAAUAACACCUACUUCUGGGACUGUCUGAUCUCCUCAUUCUCUCAGCAUUAUCGUAGCAGUCCUAUCUGUGCUUUCUACUACAAGCUCAAAGAUUUGAAAAGAAAGAUUAAAACUAAGACUUGGGCUUCUUCCUCCCGCCUCAAGCAGGAUCUGGAUAACCUUUCUUUUGAGCAAAACCUGCUCCUGAGCCGCUUGCAAGAUAAUCCCACUGAUCCUAUUUUGAAUGCCACACUUUCUUUUACAAACCGCUGCAUGGCUGAUAUUAACCAUGCUUGGACUGAGUGGAUUUCACAAAGAGGGAAAGCUUCUUGGUUGUCUUGUGGUGAGGAUGACUUAAAGUUCUUGUAUGCUCGCAUCAACAUCAGACAUAAUGUAAAUCUUAUCAAAUCGCUAUCCACCCCGGAUGGUAUCCUCACCUCGCAUCAGGAAAUUAAAGAGGCGGCUAUUUCUCAUUUUCAAAAUCUUUUUAAUUCCUCUACCCUGGCUCCCAAUGCUAGCCAUUCUAUCCCCACCGGCAACAGCAUUUCGGUUGAUCUUAUUCAGAGACUUACCUCUCCGGUUACUGCUGAAGAAAUUAAAAGCAUUAUCUUCAAUGCCCCUGCUACCUCUGCCCCUGGACCGGAUGGUUACACAUUUGAUUUUUACAAAUCCUCCUGGAAUGUUAUUGGGAAGCAAAUCUGUGAUGUUGUUUUUUCUUUCUUCUCCUCCGGUUUCAUGCCCCGGGAAGCUAAGGCGACAGCUAUCACCUUAAUUCCAAAAAAAACCCAUGCUGAUUGCAUUUCAGACUACAUACCUAUCUCCCUCUGCAACACUUUUUUACAAAAUAAUUGCGAAGAUUCUUGCUAA